AUGACGAUCAGUGAUUUCAAGAAAGUGUUGGUGACUGGAGGUACUGGGUUUAUUGGGGCUCACAUAGUCAAGAAUCUUUUAAAUUUAGGUAUCAAAGUUAGAUUAGCUUCCAGGUCCCUCGAAAAGGGACAAAAGUUCGUACAAUUACACCCUGGAAAAGAGAAUUUAAUCGAAGUUGUGGUAGUUAAGGAUUAUACUCAACUUGAAGGUGAAAACCCUUUCCUUGAAGCUGUCAAAGGUUGUGAUGGUAUCAUUCAUGCUGCUAGUCCUUUAGAUUACACUGUAAGUAAUGUUGAAGAAGAAUUGAUUAAACCUGCUAUUACUGGGGUCAAAGUUGUGUUUGAAGCUGCUGCCACCGAACCUUUAAUCAAAAGAAUUGUUUUGACUUCUUCCUUUGCUUCAGUUAUGGACGAUGGAAGAGGUCCUGGUCCUGGUUUCACUUAUACUGGAGAUGAUUGGAAUCCUUUAACAUACGAAGAAUCCAUCAAAGCCACCCCCGUCUUUGCUUAUAGAGGAUCAAAGAAAUUUGCUGAAGUUGCUGCUUGGGAUUUUAUGAAAUCUCAAUCCCCCGGUUUUGAUUUAGUAACUUUUUGUCCACCUAUGACUUUUGGUCCAGUGGUUCAUCCUGUUGAUUAUGUUGAAGAUUUGAAUUUAUCCAAUGCUAAUCUUUGGGAAGUUUACCAAGCCAAAGAAUUACCUGUUUCCAGAGUUGCUGUUUGGGUUGAUGUUAGAGAUCUUGCUUUAGCUCAUGUAAGAGCCUUGAUUACUGAUAAAGCUUCUAACAAAAGAUAUGUACCAUCAUCUCCUGAUAAGUUUUCUUAUAAGCUAGCAGCUAAGAUUAUGCAAGACCAUGGUUUAGGGAAAGUCAAAACCGAUGAUAAUGAUCUCAUCCCUCAAUCUUAUGAUUUAGAUUAUCAAACCAUUGAAAAGGAUUUAGGAAUCAAAUUCCGUGGUUUUGAAGAAUGUAUUGUUGAUUCAAUUCAACAAUUUCAACAGUUACCUUCUAAAGAAAGUUUUUAG